UCAGUGUAGCUCUUGUAGCUUAGAGUUAGCCACGGCGUGAUCCCAACAGCACAAGCUAGCUAUAUUAUUAAAGCCUUCAUACUUGAGUAUAUGAUCAGUGAAUGCUACGACGUGUCUCGCAGUUUCCGGUUGUGUUUUGGGUAGAUUAUAGUCAGCUAGCAUUUCCACGAAAUAGCCACAUCCCAAACCCUUUAUAGGCGAUUGGAGCGUUUCAUUGGAGCUUUACAAUUGCUUUUCUCCAUCGCUAACGCCAAAUCCCUACCUCGGACUUUAGCUUGUAUGCUAACACCGCUCCUGAACCUGCAGCGUUGCACUGACGAUGCAGAGCGAAGUGCACAACAUGGGGAAAAAGCAGAAUAUGAAGGGGAAGAAGGAUUCACAGGAUCCGCAGGAGGAACCUGAAGAGUUUGUGGUGGAGAAAGUGUUGGAUCAGCGUCUUGUUAAUGGGAAAGUAGAGUUCUUCUUGAAGUGGAAAGGAUUUACAGAUGCUGAUAAUACCUGGGAGCCAGAGGAGAACCUGGACUGCCCCGAGCUGAUUUCAGGAUUUUUGGAAGCCCAGAAGAACAUCACAGAGAAGCCUGCUCCCGUCAAGAGGAAGGCAUCAACUGAAGAGCCAGAGACGGAAGCAAAGAAGAAAGAUGUGGCUGAAAAACCACGUGGCUUUGCUAGGAACCUCGACCCAGAGCGGAUCAUUGGCGCAACAGACAGCAGUGGGGAGUUGAUGUUUUUAAUGAAAUGGAAAGACUCAGAUGAAGCAGACUUGGUCCCAGCCCGUGAGGCGAACACUCGCUGUCCUCAGGUGGUCAUCUCCUUCUACGAGGAGAGACUGACAUGGCAUUCCUGUCCAGAGGAUGAAUCUCAGUAAAACCUUCCCCCGGUGUCCCUGCAGUCCUUUGCACCACUUAUGCCCUUCUCCUCAGGACUGACAUUUCUUCUCUGGCAUGCUUUCUAGUUUUAGCUCGCUUAGUUAUUUUUUGAAGAUGUUUGAAGACUUGAAAUGUUUGGCAGUCAAUGAGAGCCAUGUUAUUUGUACAUAUUAGCUGAACUGAUGGAGAGAAAAUCGGUGAUGGUGUUUGUUAUUAAUCAAAAGUCUUCCGGUUUCGUAUUCUGAUUAGUUCGGCGAUGGCAGUGUAGAAGCCAUACCCACCACUGCCUAUAAUCAUACCUGGUCAAAUUUUGUAAAUUUGGUAAACUUUGGUUUUGUUAAGCUGUCAAACACCUCUGGUAUUAAAAUCUGUCAUUUAAGAGUAUGUUUCACACCAGUGAUGUUUUCUAAAUGUGGUCUUUGUAUACUUUGUUUGUAUAUAUUAUUUGAAGUUCUAAUAAAGGUUUUAUGUGACCAAAUCCCACUCAUUAGUUACGGUUCCAAAGGUUUAGAAAGUAAAAUCAAUAUUCAGAUUUAAGUAUAGCUAUUCCUUUAUUUUUCCUAGAUGCAUUACAAAAAAAUUUCAUUUUAAUAAGGGGUUGAAACUUUGACUUUGGGAUGCUGCCAGGAAAGCACAGUUAAAUUUAAAGUGAUAACAAAGUGCAAUAGUUUGAUUUGAUAGUUACAGCUGCAUUUUUCAGCCGUCUCCUGAAGAGUUUGAUGUUUGAUCUCUGUCACAGAGCAAGUUUUCUUACUCUUCUCUUUCCUGCACAUGGAAGGCUUGUAGUAUACAUGUAUGCUAAUCUAGACAUAUUUACCUUUACUCCUGUGAGAUUUUAAAUGUUAGACUUUCCUUUGUGAGUUUGUUCAGUUUUGGUAUUCCUGCUAUGUUUGAAUAAAUAAUUUCCUCCCCCCCAUA